GUGAGUGUAAGUUCAGUCGUUCAACAGAUAAAACAGUUCCGCAGAGCCCUGUAUUCGUUUUUAGAGGCAUUAUUGGAUUGUUAGAUUACACUGAGUGUGCUAGCUAAGAAAGAGUACUUGCUAGUUUCGAACCGUUUUCCUCGGUCAUCAAAACGAACAGCAGGUGUGAAUUAAUGUCUGUAUAUUAUCCUCAAGUGUAUUGCUCAGUGUUUGUGCCCUGCCGAGACAUGACUGAGGUGAUGAUAACCAGCACCCCGAUGGAGGACAUGUGCCUGAGUCCCAGCAAGGACAGACACUCCUACCAGAUCUUCCCUGACCCCUCGGACUUUGAGCGCUGCUGCAAGCUGAAAGACCGGCUGCCCUCCAUCGUGGUGGAGCCCACUGAGGGCGAGGUGGAGAGCGGAGAGCUGCGCUGGCCUCCCGAGGAGUUCAUCGUCAGUGAAGAAGAGGAGGAGGAAGACAGCAAGGGCCAGGCUGGACAGCCAGUGCAGAACUCCCAGCAUUAGAGAUGCCGCAAGCAUGCGCGCGCGCACAUACACUCUCACUCUCUCUCUCUCUCUCUCUCUCUCUCUCUCACACAC